CCGAAGACUUAGGACCUGUUAGCGGGGCCUGGCGACGGGCGAAUUCUUCCUUCCCCCGGGUAAACUCCCGGGCUGAGAAAUUGGUUCCGAACCCAACGGAACCCAGCGCUGGGCGCCGCCGGGUCACGUGGCUGGCGGCCUCAUGACGUGCGGGCUGCGAGGCGUCACCGUGACGUUCGGGCGACCUGCCGAGUGGCCCCGCUACCUCCACCACCUGUGCGGUGGCGGUGGCGUGAUGGACCUGGGCCCGAUGCGCAAGAGUUACCGCGGGGACCGAGAGGCAUUUGAGGAGACUCAGCUGACCUCCCUGGACCCCAUGAAGCAGUUUGCUGCCUGGUUUGAAGAGGCUGUCCAGUGUCCUGACAUAGGGGAGGCCAAUGCCAUGUGUCUGGCUACCUGCACCAGAGACGGAAAACCCUCUGCCCGCAUGGUGCUGCUGAAGGGCUUUGGCAAGGACGGCUUCCGCUUCUUCACUAACUUCGAGAGUCGGAAGGGAAAAGAGCUGGACUCCAAUCCCUUUGCUUCCCUUGUCUUCUACUGGGAGCCCCUCAACCGUCAGGUGCGCGUGGAGGGCUCCGUGAAGAAGCUGCCUGAAGAGGAGGCUGAGUGCUACUUUCACUCCCGCCCCAAGAGCAGCCAGAUUGGGGCUGUGGUCAGUCGCCAGAGUUCUGUGAUCCCUAAUCGGGAGUAUCUGAGAAAGAAAAAUGAGGAACUGGAGCAGCUCUACCGAGAACAAGAGGUGCCAAAGCCAAAGUACUGGGGUGGCUACAUCUUGUACCCGCAAGUGGUAGAGUUCUGGCAAGGCCAAACCAAUCGUCUGCAUGACCGGAUCAUCUUUCGGCGGGGCCUGCCAACAGAAGACUCCCCUCUGGGAUCCAUGACCCACCGUGGGGAGGAAGACUGGCUCUAUGAGAGACUUGCACCCUGACUUCCAAUCUGCUGGCACCAACUGGAGCUGGGGCCGGGUGCUAAGAGAGGGUGUGGGAUGGCGAGUGGGACCCUUCUAAACUCAGCCCAUUUCCCUCCCCACCCCUUAUUUUUAAGGCUCUUCAGAGUUCAAGCUCCGAAUUCUGUAUUUUCGGUUGGCUCUCAAGUAGGUAGUCUAGUGGAGCAUAAACAGUGGCGUAGAGAAUCACAAAUGGGGGGAAAAAAAAUCCUGUAAUUAUUUUCUUGACCUUGAAUAUGAUUUAUUGGAAUAGCUCCCUCUAGAGGUAGUAGCUGGCGUGAUUCCCUUUUCUAGAGACCCUGGGUGGGCCCCCCCGCGGCCCUGUCCACUAGGGUAUGAUUGAGUCAUACUGCCUGAAGCUGACUGGUUCCAGCAUAACCACCUGAGCCAAUCUGGCUGAUCCGUCCUUUUCUUGUCAACAAUUUGAAAUCUGAAAUGGAGAGACCCAGAGCAUGAGAGGCAUUGUAGCUAAGUCCUACAGUGGUGAUGGCAGCCAAGAAGCAAGCCUCCAGGUGCUGUUCCUGUAACUCCCAGAGUGACCUUGGAUCCCGCCUUCCCAUGUCUGGGCUGUGUAACUCCUCCUCCUGCCUCAAAACACCCAUUAUCCCUGGUUUUGUUUUGGUGUUUGUUUUUUAAAGGAAGUUUUUGGCUUGAACUAGCCAGAAUCACUUUCUGUUGCUUGCAACUAAAGGAAACCUCAUUAACUUACUUACUACUAGGGUAUUUUUAUAGCCCUGUACCCCACUGAUAACUGCCUCCCGUUAUCUGAAGCACAACAACGUGGAAAAGAGAUGAAAUGUAUUCUCUGGAGCUCCAAAGAACCCAGAGGUGGGAGUUGCAUGGACAUAGAUUUUCCUCUCUCAGUUCGGGGAGAGACUUCAGACAACCAGGGCUGCCUAAGGGGGAGUGGACUGUUAGGUAGCAAGUGUCUCCAGAAGUAUUCGAUCCCUGGUAGUCAGGAGUUUUAUAGAAGGGAUUCAUGUGCUGGUACCUACAAGCCAGGCAGAUUUCAAUGAAGCUUUACUUUACAUAUUUGUUUCUGAGAGCUACGUAUGUGCGUAUAUACACAUACAUAUGUAUAUUUCAUUUUCCAGGUAUAAAAUUGUUACAGAGAUGAUACCUUUUUUUUUUUUUUAAGAUUUUGUUUAUUUAGUUGAGAGAGAGAAUGAGAUAGAGAGAGCAUGAGAAGGGGACGGGUCAGAGGGAGAAGCAGACUUCCUGCCGAGCAGGGAGCCCGAUGCGGGACUUGAUCCCGGGACUCCAGGAUCAUGACCUGAGCCGAAGGCAGUUGCUUAACCAACUGAGCCACCCAGGCGCCCGAGAUGAUACCUUUCUGACUACUCAUGCAUCCCCUUCACCAACUCCCCACCUCUAUGGAUGAUGACUCCGAGACACAGGUUUUCAUCCAUCCUGGACUUACCCAGGGAGCUUUAAUCACAUGUGAUUUCACUGGUCUGAGUGACGUCUGAACUUUGGGAAACUUAAGAGCUCCCCAGGGAAUUCUGUGCAGCCAAAAGUUGAGACCCCGGGUUUAGAUCUACUCGGUGUGGUCCACAGACCAGCAGCAACACCACUUGGGAGCCCACCUCAGACCCAUGAAUCCCAUUCUGCAUUUAAUAAGCGCCCCCCCCCCCCCCCGCCAGUGACCGGAUGCAUUGUCUCCAACUUCCACAAACAAACGACCUCCCACCCUCACCACUGGAUUCUUCAUCAAGGCUGGGCUGAACUGUAUUUGCACACUCCUUGAGCACAAGUCUGGUGACAAGGACAACUUAAAUGAAUGGCCUACAGGCCAGGCUGGGUAAAUGUUUGCUGUGACUAAGCCAGAAUCCAAGAACUAUUAUUUGUACGUGUUGGCAUGGAACUUGCCAAGUCUGUACACGGUUUCAUUCCACUGUGUGGGUGUGUGCUCUGCUUCAGCGUCUGCCAUUAAGUGGUUCCUCCAAGGGAGGCCCUCUCGGUGUUGAUCGCCCUCGUAAACCCAAGUGCAGGAAGGCACAAUGCUAACCCUGUGGCCACUGAAGGAGAGGGUGCUGGGGUGCCCUUCUGUACCUUGUCCCGUUACUAGGAGCUCUGUAUCCCCCACCCCCUCCCUAGCUCUGAGCCUGCUUUCAGCUGUCCCUUUCCUGUUCUUUGACAAUCACUGUGCCAAGUCUGUAAUAAAACUUCGUCAGCCGUG